GUCUUUGGGGAUGUGCAAUGUGGAGGGGGAGCGGGCGUGGCUAGCUGGCUCCAAACGCCUUGGCAACAUUUGGCUCAGUGGAGGAUGCUUGUCGUGUGUUGUUUGGUGACUCGUUUGCUGAAGAUAACAGAUGUUGCAUGACGCCCCAGAAGAUGUUUAAUGGUGAAUGAACGAGGAGAACUUUACUCCAAGGCAGGCCUUGUUUACAAGCUUACCAAAAAAGAAAAAGACUGCCUUUUACCUCAAGCAAGUUAGACGAGUUGGGAUUUACAGUAGAUGCAGUUUUGAAGAUGGAAAGCGGUGUUUUUCUUCCCUUCCUGGAUCAGUUUAUGAUGAGCCCACUUGUCACUUGGGUAAAGACGUUUGUUUCUCAUGAUGAAGGCCGACAUGUGGACUUCAGUGAAUUGCUGGAUGGAGUGUUUUUGAAUGAAGUUAUGAGCCAAAUACAUCCUGCGGCCACACCUCAGGCUGCGACCAAAUUGAGCAAGGAUCCAAGUCAGAGGUUCCAGAACUUGACUUUUCUUGUUCAGCAAAUCAAGACAUAUUAUGUGGAAAACCUGAGACAGUUGAUUCUGAUUCCUCUUCCAAAUGUGCUUCUGCUUUUACGGACUCCUUACACCGAGCAAAGUCUGGUGGAAUUGAAGAAACUAUUGCUGUUGCUCCUGGGAUGUGCAGUCCAGUGUGAGAAGAAAGAGAAGUACAUUGAAAUCAUCCAGACGCUUGACUUUGGCACCAAAGCAGCCAUAGCUGUGCAUAUUCAAGAGCUGACUCACAGUCAAGACAACCUACUCGACCUGCAUUGGUUGGGUUGCAGUAACAUGUCCGCCGAUGAGCUGGAGGUCGUGGCAAAGACUAUGGCCGUCAAUCUUCAGCACUUGCUAGAUCAGAGGGACGCCCAUCUGGAGACUAUAGCGGAGCUCACCCAAGAAAGGGAAGGUGUGGUUCGUGCGCUCUGUACCUCAACCAGCCCACAGUCGGCCGUCUAUCCUCCCAGCAUGCAACAGCAGCAGGUGGGGACUCAGCAACACUUGGCGGUGGAACUUGCCGACUCUAAGGCCAAGAUCAGGCGACUUAGGCAAGAGCUAGAAGAGAAGAGUGAACAAAUCCUGGACAGCAGACACGAGCUGGAGAACAUGGAGGCAGAGCUCAAGAAAAUCCAGCAGGAGAAUUUGAAGCUUCUUGUCGAUGCCCGAGCAGCCCGUGCGUACCGCGAUGAACUGGAUGCACUGAGAGAGCGAGCGCUCAAAGCUGACAAGCUGGAGUGUGAGGUGUCACGCUACAGGGAGCAAAUGCACAAGAUGGAAUUUUACAAGGCCAAAGUGGAGGAGCUUAAGGAGGAUAACAGAGUUCUGCAGGAAACCAAAGAGGUGCUAGAGGAUCAGUUGGCAGGCUGGAGGGCACGCUCAGAUAAAAUCCACCAGCUGGAGAAGCACAGCCUGCUCCUGAAGUCCCGUAUACAUGACAUGGAGCAAGGAAGGGAUGCAGAUCGUAAAUGCAUUGAGGAGCUGCAGGACGAAAACCUGACUCUGUGUUUAGCACAGAGGAGGAGCAUGCAGGAGUCCCAGCACCUGGGAUGGGAGUUAGAACAACUGUCGAAGAGCAACGACAUUUCUCAGGGGCAGCAGACUUUAAGUGAGGAGGUGAGUGAGCGGAUCCGGAGUGGGCUGUUAAAGUUGGAGAAGGAGAACCAAAGUCUCCUGAGCACUGUCGAGGAGCUCAGAGCUGCGUGUACUCACAACCACAACAACAUACAGUCCAACAAACACAGCCACCACGGUGAGAAGGAUCGUGACCAGCAGGUGGUCUGCUGCACUGACAAGUGGACUUCAGCAUCAGAUGAAAACAUCAUAUCAAUGACUCCCUGUUCACGUGAACAGAACUGCAGCAAUGCAUCCAACCAAGGUGCAGUCAAACAGAAGACGUUCAAUAGAGAUGCCGAAUAUCAGAAGCCUGAGCAUGACCACGAAGGCCUCCACCGCUCUGCUAAUACAACCAAUACUCAUCACGUUCAGCAUAAAGGACAGUUGGAGGACAACAACGGUGUAGAGCAUUUUGAAGCAGUUGUGUCUGAGCUGCAAGUGUAUGAAAAUAGUCCCGGUGGUGUUCGUUAUCCUGUUGGAUCACACAUUCCCUCUCCUGGCUCAAGAAGCAGCAGCUCCAGCCAUGACGGCCUCUUCAUGGACCUGCCAGCACGCUUCAUUAACAUCAAGAAGCACACAGAGCGUCUGGAGACCAAAUGCAGGGCCCUGGACUCCAUUAAUCAACAACUGCAAAUGUCCCUUGGUAACACUGAGCGAAAAGUCCAACGAUUGGAAGCUGAGGUUCAAGAACUGGAGGCAGACAACCAAAGCCUCCAGGCCACUUUAGAGGAACUCCGGAUUACUGUACGCCGUUUGGACCAAGUGGAAACAGAGAAGCAGAGUUUGGAACAAGAAACGGCUGCGUUGGAGAAGGUAAAGCGGCAACUGGAGAAGGAGACUCGGCGACUGCGUCAGCAGGUUGAAAUUCAAGAAGCCAAUUUAGAUAGCAGCAAUGUCUGCAUGGCGAGCCUGGAAAGGGAGCUGCGCUGUCUGGUGAAGGAGGCGCAGGAGUUGAGGGAGACAGCUGAGAGGGUGAAAGGGCUGGAGAGAGACAACAGAGAACUGGCCAAGCAAGCUGCCAUCGACCAGAGGACCCUGCACACCCUUAGAGAGGAGCUUGUCAGUGAGAAACUGAAGACCCGGCAGAGAGAGGAUGAACUAUACCAUCUGUCCCAUGAGCAGGAAAUGAGGGUUCUCAACCAAGAGCGUAAACAAUCUGUGGAACCUGACACACCCGAACGCAGCAGGUUCCAUAUGCUCGAGUCAGAGUUGGAGUUGUCCUUGAAGAAGUCCCUUCAAAUGAAAGAAGAUAAAGUGGCCGCGCUGGAGGCCCGUCUCCAAGAAUCCUCUACCCUUAGUCAGCAGCUUCGCCACGAGCUCAGAACUGUGAAACUCAGCUAUGAGGCCCUGCAACAAAAGCAGGAGGAGGAGGAGGUGACCGAAUCAAGCGCCUCCCCACUGAGAGAGAAUGGAACGGCAAUGAGGGAAUGGUUGCGUGAAAGCCACGAAGCCACCAAAGAGCUGCUGAGUAUUAAAGACCGGCUGGUUGAAGUCGAGCGGAAUAAUGCAACACUGGAGACAGAGCGCCAAGCUACGCAGGCCCAUCUGAAGCAGCUGGAGUGUCAUUCUGACAGCCAACAGGCUCAGAUCCUCGCCCUGCAGAGACAAGCCGCCUCCCUGCAGGAGAACAACACCACUUUGCAGGCACAAAAUGCAGACCUGCAGGUGGAAAAAUCCACGCUGAACUCCCAGUGUGCUUCCCUGAUGGCUCAGAACGCUCAACUGCAACAGCAGAAGGUGGGAACCGAAAACGAGAGGGACAGUGCGAUGCGUGAACGCGAAGAGCUGCGCGGUGUUCACGAGCAGCUAUUACGUGAUCACGAGCGUCUGGCGGCUCUCCACGAGCGGCAAGCCGCAGAGUAUGAAGUGCUCAUGGGGAAACACGGCUGUCUGAAAAAUGCCCAUCGGACACUGGAGCUUGAGCAACGCACAAUGCAGGACAGGUACAACAACUUGUUGCAGCAAUGGACCAAAUUAGAAGAUGUGGAAAAAGCUCUGAAGGAAGAGCAGAUGAGAAUGAGUCUGGAGAAGGAACAUCAUAAGACCGCUGCUGCCGAAUGUUGCAGGCUUCGGGAUGAGAAAGACUGGCUGAACCAAACUUAUCGUCAGCUUUUGAACGAUAAUGAGCUACUGACAGCGGAUCACAAGCAGCUCAAGAGCCAACUAAAUGAGACCAAGCUGGCGCACACCUGGCUGGAGGCAGGCUUUUGCAAGCUCAAAAAAGAGUAUCAGCAACUUGAUAUCAACUCCACCAAGCUCACCAAUCAGUGUGAGUUGCUGAGCCAGUUGAAGGGGAACCUGGAGGAGGAGAAUCACCAUCUUCUCAAUCAAAUCGACACACUGAUGCUGCAGAACCGGACUCUGUUGGAACAGACAAUGGAGAGCAAAGAUUUGUUCCACAUCGAGGAACGACAAUAUAUUGACAAACUUAAUGAUUUGAGGAGACAGAAGGAGAAGCUCGAGGAGAAGAUCAUGGACCAGUACAAGUUUUAUGAGCCUUCGCCUCCUCGCAGGCGAGGAAACUGGCUCACUCUCAAGCUGAAGAAGUUGAUCAAAUCUAACAGUGAACAGGGACUAGAACACCCUCUCACACCAACACACUCGGAGGCUCACCUCUCAUGUCACGACAGCGGCUCCUUCAUUAGUUCAGACGGCUCUGCAGGAUCCACCUCCACAUCAGCAGGCGACGCCAUACCACCGCAGCCAAACACCACACAGAAACAAUCGAGAAACAGGCGAAAGAACAAAGAUCAACUGAAAUCUCUGCUCCAACGUUCCUUGUCCCUCGGCAGUUUGCGAUUCGCCUCUGCCUCGUUGGAGCAGGAGCAGUGGGCAUACAGCUCUGAGGAGCUGGAAGGGUCAGAAGCUGAUGUGCAGGACAGGAAAAAAAUAUUGAGCUCAUUCCCGAGCACAUCCAUCCAGUCCACACUUCACUUGCAUCCUCCCCCUGAACCACCCAUCCAACUCCACACCAUAGCCACUGUCACUGAUGUCCCAGAUUUGUUCUCACCACAGAGAGACAAGGACUCAAAUGAUAGUGCUGCGCCAUCUGGGAUUGAAGACAACGACAAGCCGCAGCAUCGCGGGCUUAAUAUCACCUGGAGUGGAGCUCAAAGUGAGAGCAGUGGUGAAUUCAGCAGAAACCUGGAUAAUGAGCCCUGGUCAAAUGGCAGCAGCCCUGUCCAGCAGAUGCUGUCUCGUCACUCCUCUGUGUCGUACCAGCCGCCCAGGGACGCCUCCACACCCAAACACACAGAGCAGACUUCCUCCACAGCACACAAGGAGAAAGCCUUGACCAGUCUGAGGACAAACAGCCAGGAAUCAGAGCUCAAGGGUCUAUCUCAACCGAAAGAGCCCACAGCAAACCACGACUUCUGGCUCAAGCGGGGAACAAAGAGCAUCAGAAGGGGGUCUAAAGGAAAAGUAACACGCCGCUCUUCAGACUCCGGGGGCGCAUUAAGCACAAAUUUGAGAUCAAACUCCAGUAAUACGGAAUGUACCCAGACUUUAGCUUGUUCACCAAUUACAGUAUUUUAUGUUCAGGGUAAGUCGUCCUCAAUGUCUGGGUGCCUCAAUUGCUUCUCCAAUCCACUAGGGAAAGAAGAGCGGCUCAAAGGGUACGGGGAUUUUAAAAGUCUCCCUCGUGCCAGUAGUGUCAUUUCCACAGCUGAUGGGUCAUCUAGACGCCCCAGCAUCAACAAUAACUGCAGGGAUGUAAGCAAGACUGAGACACUUCCUGCCCCCAUCUCAGAAAGGUGCAAUAACCAAGAGAAGCAAGAAACAGCAGCCACGUUCAAGCAACAUCCUCAAAAAGUCGGUGAAAGCAGUGCGCCCAAACUGAGCCCGCCAGUCAAACCCCCAAGAGAUCCAGCAGCCAUUUUUGCCAAAGACCCUCCUAAACCCCCUGUGCAGGAGUCAGAUUUAAAUUCCCCAUUUAGUCUUAACUCUGUCUUUUCAAACACAAUCUUCAGUGAUUCUGAGAGGAGUUGUACAAAUACGAUUGAGGGGAACGGCCCGACAGAUAUUUUCCCUUAUGAGACAAACUGUAAUGCAAAACUGCACUCUGGUGAACCACAAGUCUACUCAUAAAAAAUGGAACCACUCAACAUGGAAAAGGUCAUGAUGCAGGAUUGAGAUGAUGGUUUGGAUAGCCCUGUGAAACUUUUCAGAGCAUCUAAGCUUCACUUCACCAGUCCUUUGUUUUGAAUUGCCACAAUAGUUAAUCUGCGUUCGUGCAAGAGAUGUGUCCUUGGCCUCGAUGACCGAUGUGUCCUUGGCCUCGAUGACUGGCUCGUGGACCGAGGGACGGUCC